AUGAAGCCGCAACUCUGGAAGACCCGGCUCAAUGAAUAUGGCAUGCGGCUCAAUACGAAAAAGACCGAAUACCUGGAAGGAGGCCCCCAAACUGAUGGCACCAUCAUAAUUGACAACGAAGAGCUGAAGAAGACAAAAGAGUUCCGCUACUUGGGCUCAGUCAUCAGUUUGACUUUGUUCAGUGGUUUACCAAGGACCGCAUGGCACCUGAACUCCUACAAGAACAAAUCAUCAGUGCUGAGAGCCAUAGAAGAUCUACAACAAACUGGUGGACGCACCAACACAGGAGUAGCUCUGAAACACAUCCUCCAUAACCAGUUUAAACCCACUGUGGGAAUGCGCCCAGACUCCAGAAAGAUUGCUGUUCUGAUCACAGACGGGGAAUCCUACGAUGAAGUACUUCUUCCCUCAAAGAACCUGAGAGACACCGGCAUCGAGGUCUACACUAUCGGUGUGAAAUACGCCAGUCUGAGGGAACUGUUGUUGAUCAGCUCUGAUCCGGAUAAAGUUUACUUCGCCAACAGUUUUGACUCUCUCCAGGACAACACAUUCACCAUCGACUUCUCUAACAGUGUUAAUGUGUUAGACUCUGUCAGGCUGCUGAAUGGUUCCAGUCUGUGUUCAGGCAGACUGCAGGUGAAGUCUAACCAGAGAUGGUCCUCAGUGUGUGAAGAUGACUUUGACCUGCAGGAUGCAGAGGUGGUCUGCAGGGAGCUUGGCUGUGGGCCUCCUUCGCUCCUCCAGGGGGCGCUCUAUGGAGAAGUGGAGGCUCCAGUGUGGAGCAGAGAGUUCCAGUGUGGAGGCCAUGAGUCUGCUCUCCUGGACUGUAGAAGCUCAGGCUCAGUGAGAAGCAGCUGCUCACCUGGCAAAGCUGCUGGACUCACCUGCUCAGAGCCUGUCAGGUUGGUGGGAGGAGCCAGUCGCUGUGCAGGUACACUGGAGGUGAGACGAGGAGAGUGGAGACCAGUGGCGAUGGAAAUCUGGAACCUGAAGGAUGCAGCUGCUGUCUGUGGACAGAUGAACUGUGGUUCUGCUGUUUCUGUAGGAAAUACACAGAGUUCUUCACAGAGGUCGGUGUGGUGGGUGGAGUCACACUGUGUUCAGGCUGGAUAUGCUCUGAAAGAGUGCGCAUCAGCAGAUCGCUCUUCCUCCACCCUUGAUAUCACCUGUUCAGACUCUGUCAGGCUGCUGAAGGGUUCCAGUCUGUGUUCAGGCAGACUGCAGGUGAAGUCUAACCAGAGAUGGUCCUCAGUGUGUGAAGAUGACUUUGACCUGCAGGAUGCAGAGGUGGUCUGCAGGGAGCUUGGCUGUGGGCCUCCCUUCGCUCCUCCAGGGGCACUCUAUGGAGAAGUGGAGGCUCCAGUGUGGAGCAGAGAGUUCCAGUGUGGAGGCCAUGAGUCUGCUCUCCUGGACUGUAGAAGCUCAGGCUCAGUGAGAAGCAGCUGCUCACCUGGCAAAGCUGCUGGACUCACCUGCUCAGAGCCUGUCAGGUUGGUGGGAGGAGCCAGUCGCUGUGCAGGUACACUGGAGGUGAAACAGGGACUGUGGAGAUCUGUGGAGGCCUCAGGCUGGACCCUGAUGGAUGCAGCUGUAGCCUGCAGAGAGCUGGACUGUGGCUCUGCUGUUUUAACAGGAAGCAGAAAUGCAUCCUGGGAUGGACCAACGUGGAAGAUCAAACCUGCCUGUGUUAAAUCUGGAUCUACACUGAGGGAGUGUGCCACAUCAUCCCAGUCACCCACCGUCCUGGAGCUCAUCUGCUCAGCCAAUCAUCUCAGCGUCCUUCUCGUCCAAUGA